UCGAUCUGCGGAAAGUCCCAGUUAGGCUGUCRUCGCRCHYYCGUUYUAAUUCCUUCUGUACUUCUCUCUACCAAUGUCAAUUGAGUUUCUCUCACAUCCCUAUUUCUGACUAUUCCGAGUCUUCCUUUUCUCAUAUGAUAGUUUGCUGUUAGAGGUGUUCCUCAUCCCGCCCGCCCUUCUCAUGUCGUGGCCGCGAGUUCUGUCACAGGUCCGGGCUGCUCCAACUGUCAUAGGUCCGGGCUGUAACGCCUGGCGUAAGUGCCCGACUACAACUUCUGGUAGCCUACGGAACCAGACACGAUGGAGCCACAACCUACUACGGGCGAAGUAGGAGAGGAGUACAGGACAUCGCCCGAUCGAGCACUUAGGGAUCUGAAGGAACGAAUUAGGCAAGAAGCACCGCUGAGAUGGGAUGACCAAACCAAUGACGGAGGGCCCGACAUAAGAGGCGAACCAGUUGCGACAGAGCCGCAGGAGGCUCUAAAGACGGGUACCUCGAGCGGACGACGAGAAGCGACGAGGCGACGCUCCCCCGAGUACGAGCGGAGGGCGAGCGGACGACGAGAAGCGACGAGGCGACGCUCCCCCGAGUACGAGCGGAGGGACACCAUAGCGGACAGGCACAGAGACGACUGGAGAGAGAAUUUGAGGGAUUCCUAUUGGAGGGACAGAGACAGAGACAGGGCGCCGCCCAGAAGGGGAAGAUCUCAGAGGUCGAGCGCUGUACUAUCUUCAUCGGACACUUGUCCAAAGGUAGGCCAAAGAGUAUACUUAGAGAUCUUCCUCGCGAUAAAGGCAGAGGCAGACGAUUACAAGGACUUAAUGUGGAGAGGGAUGAGGAGACGUGACUUCUCUCUCAACAAGGAGUAUGCCACUGAUAGAUGUCCUGAUUUCAAGGAUUAUCCCUGGUCGGAGAAGAAUGAGGCCGUGACUGAGGAAGUGAAGGAGAUACGGGACAUGGUGAAGGUAUUAACGAGACAGGUUACAGAGAUUGUAACCACUAUAGGGGCCACGGCUUACUGGGACAAACCUGGGGGGCCCUAUUCACUUCGCUGGGACCGUAGGAACAACGAUUCCUGGAGGAGUGUCGAGGAUAGAAAUCCUCGGACGCUGACUGAUUAUCGUACAAGAGGAAGAGAGAGAGACGAUGAGCCAUGGCGACGUAGGGACGAUGAGAUAGACCGAGACCGCAGAGAUCGCGAGCCGUUUGCGCGAGCAAGGAGGCUGGAUGAUUACCCGCGAAGCCCUCGCUAUGAGGCCGAUCGGGGUAGAGGCGACUCCCGCGGCCGAUGGGAGGCAGAUCAGGGCCGACGAGAUGGAUAUAGGGACGACAGAUACGAGAGAUCGGACCGAGAUGGAUAUAGGGACGACAGAUAUGAGAGAUCGGACCGAGACGGAUAUAGGGACGACAGAUACGAGAGGUUGGGUCGAGAUGGCUACAAAGGUGGUAGGUAUGAAAGAGGAGAUUGGGACUGGGAACGACGAGAUGGGUCGCGCGGGCGGUUUGAGCGAGGGGGAGAUGCGAGAGAGCAGCGCGACGACUCGCGGGGGUGGUACAACAUAGGGGACCGACGCGAUGAGUCACGAGGACGAUAUGACUCGGGGGACCGCCGGAAUGAUUCGCGAGGGCGAUAUGAGCAAGGAGGGUCUGGAGGAGACCGGUGCAACGAUCCGCACGGUCGGAAUGAGAGAGGGGGAUAUGGCGUCUCAUCAGAACCAUAUCCCAAGUCGCCUGACCCCAAGGUGGCCAAGAGUUCGAUCUCUAGAGGCGCAGAUGACAGGGCAUCUACUCCCAGGAACUCAUGCGUCUACUGUAGAGGAGAAGAUGAUAUCAAAAGGGAUUGCCUGGACCUCAAACGGGCAAUAGAUGAGGGACUUGUCGUGCUUGACGACUGCAAGUACGUCAAGUGGGCAGAUGAUCUGGGAGAUGUAUCGAUGUUCCCUUCGAUGAAGGAGAAUGUCGAAGCAAGGAGAAUAAAGACGAGUAAAGGAAUGRAGCCGGUCAGGAGCCAGAGCAUCAAGAUAACCUUUGAGGGGAAUAUCGCGACCACACCCAUAAGGGUGGCAGCCACCAGGUCGGCAAGAGGAUCUACAUCGAAGAAGACUGACAUGGAUUACGUGAUGGCGGAGAAGGACGGGCAGCGGGUCGAUGGAGAGGAGGUUAUCCUUUCGCCGCGAAAGCGGGGAGUGAAGAAGUUUUUAAUGAAGAGUUCGCUGGACGAGAUUGACACGGUCGAGCCACUGAGACGGGCCCUUCGGCAACCCAUGCAGUGCUCUAUUCUGGAGUACCUGGCGGUAUCGAAGCCGGCUCUGACGAUAGAGCGACCUGAUGGGAGCCAAACAUUGUCCAUUAGGAAGCCAGACGGGACGCGGGUAAUGAUUGAGACAGUGGAGCCUCGGGACCCGAGGAACAGAGCAGCUCUCACUGUGGGUGCAAGACCCAGUGAUCAAAUUAAGUCGUUACCUAUCUUCGGCCGCGCGGUGCGAUUUCGCGAGAAGAGAUAUGGACCACUGCUCACAGAGGAAGAAGGUCGGAUCGUGGAGGUGGAAGAUUUAGGGAGUCGGCUAAUAGUGGACGGCAACUCGUACCCAAAGGAAAAAGAUGAGGAAUUUGGCGGUGUGGUAUCCGUGUCUUUUUUAAGGGCACGGCCCCCUAUGGGGGGCUACCCAAGCGACACAAGCAAGUAACUCAAAAAGUUAAGCCAGCGGUGGUGGGCCGCGAGCGAUCGGCACUGGAAGGGGUAUCAGAAGAAGAGAUCGCGAAAGAAAUCAAAGAAAGAAGGAAAA